UGUUUAGUACCACCUAUUGUGUCUCUGAUCAGUUUAGGUAUUGUCCUUGUGUUGUAUCUUUGAUUUGCUAGUAAGCCUGAUUCAACAUUGAAAAGCCAUGUUAUUGACAUAGAGAUAACACAGCUCUUAAACCUGUAUGUGUAGAAGUCAGAAAUGAAGCUAGUAUCGAUAAUAGUAGCUGUUUUGCUAGGAAUAUCUCUAAAUGAAGCAGGCGAUGGUGACGGCAAAGCAAAUCCAUCUCUUCACGGACCACCACAAGCAGGACCUCCUGCGCCUCCCCCACUGCCGGCAACUCCAGGACCACCAGCACCCCCUCCAACGGUCCUACCUCCUCUCCCAACAGAGAUCCCUUCUCCACUUCCCUCUGUGACUCCCCCUUUACCAUCAGGAACAUACCCACCUCUCCCUACUGGACUUCCUCCCCUUCCUACUGGACCUCCACCCCCACCUAUCCCUACUGGAACACCCCCACCACCUCUUCCCACAGGACCACCAUUACCACCAACACAAUCCCCUUCAGGUUGUCGUGAUAUUUCGUGGCGUUGCUCGCAAUAUUCCUAUAAAUGUAGGUACAAUUCAUUUGUMCGAAGACGAUGUCAAAGAACCUGUAGACUCUGCUGUCGAGACAUCUCAAGUCGUUGUUCAAGAUAUUCCUACAAAUGCAGUUACAACUCGUUCGUAAGAGGACGAUGUAAAAGAACUUGCAGACUGUGCUAACAUUGGAAAACAUCAGCUACUCUCGCUCGCAUGUUAUCAACCAAAAUACAAUACGUUGGGCAAUUCAAUGUGAUGUAUAAAAGUUUACUAGUCUGUUAAAAUAAAUGAUAACCAUCCUUUACUAAAGGAAAGUACGAGAUAGAUAGUGCGGUCUAUCGAAAGAUAA